AUGAAUUCAGCCAAUAAUAAAUUUCAACCAUUGCUGCCUCAAACUCAAAAGAUAUUGUAAAGUAUUUAAAAAGUAAAGGUAAAUGGAUUCAGCAAAAAUGUUAAUGAAAAACAAAUUUAAUCGAAAUGUAUCGAUAUUUCUCAGUCCCCUGAAAAUCACAAUCUAUAAUUAAUUGAAAGUAAAUAAAAUAAAUGUGAGAUAAAUAAAAUUAUCUACUCAAACUCACCAGAUCAAGAAGUGAAUUAUAAAACUCCAUCUAAGCUUUCUCAAAAAGAUCAAUAAAUAUAAAAGAUAUCAAAGAAAAGGUAUACUAUAUUUUAUCUAAGAAAGUAGAAUGAUCAAGAAGAUCAAAAGAUUAAAAAAAUGUUUAAAAAUCUUACAGAUGCCAUUAUUUAAUCAAAUCAAGAUGAAUAGAACAAAAGGUAAAAAUCUUAAAUUGAGUUUUCAUAAGUUUAAGAUGAAAAAGAUGCUGAGAUAUUUAAACUUAAAGAUAUAAUCUCAAAAAAAGAUAGUAAAAUCGAAGAUCUACAUCACAGCCUUGAAGAGCUAGAAUAUUAAAUGUAGUAAUUGAUAUAAAAGAAUAACCAGCAAAAACUACCAAAAAAUAAUUAAUUAAUUAAAAUGAAGAAAAGACUCAAAUCCCUGAGUCAUAUCAAAGAAGAACUCCUAGAACACUUCGACGUAAAUGAGAAAUAAUAUUACUAGUUGAUUAUUCAGAAUAUCAGAGUCCUUGAUAAAAUGGAGAAAUUUCUUCGAAUAAAUAUUAAUGAAAAAAAACACAAAUGA